AUGAAGUCCUUCCUCGCUCCUCUCUCUCUCUUUUCCCUGCUACUGGCUGGCCAGUGCACCGCUGCAACAAUCCCUACUCGCUCCAUCUCGAAGCGAAGCACCGAAACCUGCGAUCAAUGGGGUACUAUCACAACCGGAAGCUACAUCGUCUACAAUGAUCUCUGGGGCGAAGACUACGCUACUAGUGGUGAGCAGUGUGUCGGUGUUACCUCAUUGAGCGGCACCGACCUUGCCUGGUACACCACCUGGACCUGGGCUGGUGGCUCUUCCAACGUGAAGAGCUACGCCAGUGCCGCGCUGCAGUUCACCGCUGCUACUCUGAGCAGUAUCACUAGUAUUGAGAGUACCUGGAAAUGGAGCUACUCUACUACUAAUAUCGACGCCGAUGUCUCUUACGACAUGUUCCUGGCUUCUAGCGCGACCGGAUCCGACAAGUACGAGAUUAUGGUCUGGCUUGCAGCGUACGGUGGUGCAGGACCUAUCAGUUCUACUGGAUCAUCUGUUGGAACUACUACCGUCGGGGGUGUGGAGUUUAGUCUGUACACUGGUCCUAAUGGUGAUACCACAGUCUACAGCUUCGUCGCCUCGAAGACUACCACUAGUUUCUCGGCUGACCUGAAGGAAUUCUUUACUUACCUGAUUGAUAAUGAGGGCCUGAGCUCCAGUCUCUACCUGGUCGAUGUUCAGGCUGGUUCUGAGCCUUUCACUGGCACUGAUGCCACCCUUACCGUUUCCAAGUACUCCGCCGCUGUGUCAACUUAA